AAUGGAUGUCCAGUUCAUGCUGCUUUUUGUGGGGAUUAUCGUGCUGGUGGACUCAGCCAGAGGCCCACCCAGAAUUGCUGAUAAAGUGAUUCACCGGCAAUCUGUGAGAUUGGGAAGAACGAUCAAGCUCCUUUGUCCAGUGGAGGGGGAUCCUCCACCUCUUACUAUGUGGAUGAAAGAUGGACGAACGAUCCACAGUGGGUGGACACGGUUCCGGGUGCUCCAGCAAGGGCUGAAAAUCAAGGAAGUGGAAAGUGAAGAUGCGGGGACGUAUAUCUGCAGGGCCACCAAUGGAUUUGGCAGCAUGAGCGUAAACUACACUCUCAUUGUAAUUGAUGAUGCCAGCACCGGAAGGGAGAGUUUAGUGCCUGAAGGCCCCAAUUCUGACGCUGAAGAUCAUUCUGGAAAGCUAUGGGCUCGACCUCGGUUCACUCAGCCGGCCAAGAUGAGACGGAGGGUGAUCGCCCGACCCGUGGGAAGCUCCGUGCGCCUGAAGUGUGUGGCGAGUGGAAAUCCUCGGCCUGAUAUCAGCUGGUUAAAGGAUAGCAAGCCCCUCACCCCACAGGAGAUCGGGGAGAACAAAAGGAAGAAAUGGACUCUAAACCUGAAGAACCUGAAGCCUGAAGACAGCGGAAAGUACACCUGCCGAGUCUUCAACAGAAUCGGGGAGAUCAACGCUACCUACAAGGUCGAAGUGAUCCAAAGAACAAGAUCCAAACCCAUUCUUACAGGGACACACCCUGUGAACACAACGGUGGACUAUGGGGGGACCACCUCCUUCCAGUGCAAGGUGAGGAGUGACGUGAAGCCCGUCAUCCAGUGGCUGAAGAGGGUGGAAUACGGGACCGAGAACAAGUAUAAUUCGACCAUCGAUGUCGGGGGACAGAAGUUUGUAGUGCUGCCGACUGGGGAGGUCUGGUCCCGUCCGGAUGGCUCCUACCUGAACAAACUCAUGAUCACACGAGCCAAGGAGGAGGAUGCCGGGAUGUACAUCUGCCUGGGUGCAAACACCAUGGGAUACAGCUUCCGAAGCGCUUUCCUGACGGUGCUGCCAGAUCCCAAGCCGCCCAGCCCGCCUGUAGCUCCUUCCUCCGCCAGCAGUCUUCCGUGGCCCGUUAUCAUUGGGAUCCCUUCUGGGGCGGCCUUCAUCUUUGGAACCAUUCUCCUGUGGCUGUGCCAGACCAAGAAGAAGCCCUGCUCUCCUCCAGUGGCCACCCCCAUCCACAGGUCACACCCCCGGGAGAGGGUCUGCGUGGCCCCGGUCCCAGACAAAGACUGCCUGUCCUCCGUUAACUACGAGGAAUACGUCGUGCAGCAGCAGCAGCAGCAGCACUUGCUGUCCCAGGGGCCUGGCCUGGCCUCAGCUGUGGCAUCCAAAAUGUACCCAAAGACGUUCACGGACAUCCACAGCCACACACACUCCCAUGUGGAAGGCAAAGUUCACCGGCACCAACACAUUCACUUCCAGUGUUGA